AUGAUCAGACAACGGAAUCCAAACGGCAGGUUCCCGAGCAGCCACGCAGUUGUCACAGCAGCACUGACGCAAUCUCCAUUCCCCUUCCUCAGCCUACCAAUAGAGCUACGUCUCACUGUUUACGCGUACGUCUUCAGCAAUCGCCGGAAACGCACACUUCGCCGCCUUGAAGACCUCACGAACCAAAGACAGCCAUCCGAAAUCCAGAAAAUCAAGCUUUUCAGCACUGCUAUCCUCACAACUUGCAAGACGAUCUGCGCGGAAGCACUGCCAGCAUUCUAUACCAGCCAGACCUUUCACUACUCCGCCGAGCGCGAUGGUCUUUUCCGCCAACCUACCAUCCCGGCCCAAUGCAUGAAGUGGGUGAAAUACCUCAGCCUCGAUAUCACCACGGAAGCCGGCAAUGGAGUCGAUGGCAUCCUCGCCACACACGUACGGAACAUUGUCACGCACUGCAUCAAACUGGUCAGCUUUACAUUGCACAUACCCGUACUUGCCUACAAGACGACUAUUCCGUUGAGCCAGCUGCAGUCCAAAUUGACGCAAAAGUCCGCGACGGCAAAGGCGCUGCGCGCCUUACGCGCUCGCGUCGACAGGCUCAGCAUCGUCACUCUCAAUCCGCCCAACGGUCUUCUCGGUCUUCGACGAGGCAUCGUGAACGUCGACAGCGCCUGGGUCACCGAGACAUUUUCCGAAUGGCCGCGGAUGAAACUCCCGAGGCGGCUGCAGGGGGCCAACGCAAAGCCGGGGACCGUCCCGUUUGGGCUUCGAAGGCAUUCUCUUGCCGGUUUCUAUUUCUCGGAAGCGGAUCACAUCUCGGCGUUUCAUAUCUAUGGGCCUCAUGUUACUCGGAGGUUGGAAGAGGGCGGCUCGCUAGGGGAAGGGGAUUGGCUUUUCAAGUGA